AUGAAUAGUGACCAAUUACAAGAUUGGCUCACUGAUUUGAACGAACGAUGGAAAAAUGACACAGAGAAACAGGCACUGAAAGAUGUGGAAUAUGAACGGACACAAUUAACUCAUGAAACUUACAAAACUCACUAUUUAAUCAACUAUAUCGGUUGUAACUAUACUGAUGUUGACUUAGUGCAACCGAUUAUAGCACAACUUCUUGCAUGUUAUUAUCGUGGAGGUAUAUUGCGCUAUUUUGUAUUGCAAUGCAUUCCAUCAUUAAUUCAUAUCUAUCUUGUGGCACUAGCUAAACGUCAAAAGAAAUCAAUUUCCAUGUUUGAAACAUUUUUUCUUGCUAUUUAUAAUGAAGAAAUACUUGCCGGUGGUACUUUAUCCGGAUCGGUGACAAAGAAAAUAGAGGAAAUUCGGAUACCAUCCAUACGUUUCCCAAGCGUAUAUCAUGAUCCAAAGAAGCUGAAUUUUGCCUCAGACAUUGCUUUUAAACCUGGAACACCCGCGUUUGUGCAGAAAACUGUACGAAUCGGUCCUUACAAAUCGGUGGAUAGGAUUAUUCCACAAAAUAGGCAAACAAUAUUGACUCGUCUAUUAAAAUCCGUCAAUGGGUGUCUCUGUAGGUUGUCGCGUGAUGUAAUAUGUCAAUGUGUAUGCUUGAGCACCAUAGCUCUUUGUCAAAGCGGGUUUUCUUUUCGCGAAACUUCUUUAGGGUUACGAGUUUUUGGCAGUAGUUUUCGUUCUAAAGAAUCUGAUGAUUUUUCAAAAAAACCAAGAUUACGAAUCUCAUCGCAAUAUCUGUUGGAGUCUUUGAAUGGUUUAUACUUUGCAUUGUUCAAUGGUGCGCCAGAAUUAGCUGUUCAGGCUAUUGAUGUUGUGCAUCAAAGAGCUUUGUAUGAAUUCUAUGCAGACGUUAUUCUGGUAACGAAUAGUAUUAGCGAGACUCUGCUUGAAAGUAACUUUCAUAAAAAUGAAGAAUUAUUGACAACCCAUUGGGUGCGUCCUGGAAAAUUGGAUAGUCAUAAAGGAAAUGAAGUGGUAACAAAUGCUUCCUUUCGGCUGAAGAAAAUGCCAGAAGAUAUUUCACCUGUUGUAGAUAAUGAUAUGAAAGGAUUUAAUUUUUCUGAUAGCGUUGAAAAUUUCAAGAAGCGUAUUACCGUAAAAGUGGAACAGUGCAAGUUAAAGCGCCAGUUCGGGAAUCACAGGCGAAGAUCAGGAAAUAGUAUUGAAAACGUAGGUGAUAUCGAUUUGGUUCCGAUCAACGAAGAACCAGCUUCAAGUGAAGUACGGAACUCUCUAAUUGUUGGUUCUAUCGAUCAAGCCACAUAUCAGAAUUCAUCACGACACAAUUCCAUCUCAUAUGGUUUGGCAAAUUCUGACAGUAAUGUUUCGGUUUCAUUUCGACAAGAUCAAAUUCAUAAUGGGACAUCACCAAAACCGAGAAAUGAAUUAAUUGACUUUUCGGUGUCAAAAGAUGGUGAUUUAUUUGAAACCGUCAAACCAACAUCUGUAAAGGACAGCAUACGUGACUUAUCAAAGUGGCAUGGCAAUAUUCAACACAUCGAUAGCGUAACUGAUGCUUUGGAAGGCACAUCGUUAUGA